AUGCUGCUCCCGACGCUGGUCACGUGCCUCGUCGGGUGCGCCUUUCUGCUCUCGCCGGUCAGCGAGGGUUGCGGGCCGGGUAGAGGCUACGGCAAGAGGCGGUCACCGCGGAAGCUCGCGCCGCUCGCCUACAAGCAGUUCAGCCCCAACGUGGCCGAGAAGACCCUCGGGGCCAGCGGCAGAUACGAGGGGAAAAUAACCCGGAACUCCGAGCGCUUCAAGGAGCUCACCCCGAACUACAACCCCGACAUCAUCUUCAAGGACGAGGAGAACACAGGUGCAGACCGCAUGAUGACGCAGCGCUGCAAAGACAAGCUGAACUCGCUGGCCAUCUCGGUGAUGAACCUGUGGCCCGGGGUCCGCCUGCGGGUCACCGAGGGCUGGGACGAGGACGGCCACCACUCGGAGGAGUCGCUCCACUACGAGGGCCGGGCCGUGGACAUCACCACCUCGGACCGGGACCGCAACAAGUACGCCAUGCUGGCCCGGCUGGCCGUGGAGGCCGGGUUCGACUGGGUCUACUACGAGUCCAAGGCCCACAUCCACUGCAGCGUCAAGUCAGAUCACUCCAUGGCGGCUAAAUCUGGAGGCUGUUUCCCCGGCGAGGCCUCGGUCACGCUGGCGGGCGGCGCUCAGAAGUCCAUCGGCGAGCUGCGACCCGGCGAGCGAGUCCUGGCGUCGGCCGGCGGCGGGGAGAUGGUUUACAGCGAGGUGCUGGUCUUCUUGGACCGCGACCCCGCGACCUGGAAGCUCUUCUACACGCUGCACACGGAGGCCGGGGCCCGCCUCUCGCUCACCGCCGCCCACCUCGUGUUCGUGUCCGGGGGGAACUGCUCGGAGGGGGCGCUGGCGGGCCGCGGCGCCCUCGGGACCGUGUACGCCAGCGACGCCCAGCCGGGACAGUGCGUGCUGGUGUCGCGGGGGGGGGCGCGUCGCGGGCGUCUGUCCCGGAUCACCCGGGUCAGCACCGGCGAGAGCAGGGGGGCGUUUGCGCCGCUGACCCAGCAGGGGACGCUGGUGGUGGACGGGGUGGUGGCGUCCUGCUACGCGGUGGUGGACCAGCACGCCCUGGCUCACUGGGCCUUCUCGCCGCUCCGGCUGAUCCACAGCUGGACUGGUUCCACUGGGAGCCACCGGGACGGGAUCCACUGGUACUCCCGGCUUUUACACUGGUUGGGGAGGAUGCUGCUGGACUCGGGACGCCUCCACCCGCUGGGCGUGGCUCAGGGCGACAGGUGAGGACGGGAGGAAGGUAUUUUUAACUGG